UACAUAUUCCAUUCAUAAACUGAGCUAGUAUGUAGUAUUUUAUACUAGUAGGUCCUCAAAUCUGAUUGGUCGAGCGGUGUUAGCAAGUGUGUCAGUUCUUGAAAUCUAUUGACAGACUUGUGAAUGGACAAUAAAUAACUUCUGAUCUGGUGUUAAAAAUUGUUAUAAAUAGGGACGUAACAAUUGACUUAUCGGUAAGCCCCGCCCCCCUUAGUUACUGUUGCUCCCUCGGACAAACAAACGGAGUUGCUCACUGUCUUUCAAUGACAGCUGCAGUGUGAAAACCUUGUCCCACGAUGUUUUUGCACAAUUUUGGACACAGAAGGCCACCAAACGGGAAUUAAAUAUUCCAUGGAGGGAUUUAUAAAAUAUUUAAAAAUAAAUACGGUGGGUAAAUCGAAGCGAGGGUUUACAGAUCACAGUGUAAGCGGGAGAAGUCUCAUAUUACGGUCGGUCAUCACGAUCGCGGAUGACAACAUGCAGGAUCAACACUGUUCAUAUAUCGCAAGGUACGAUUAAAUUAAUGUACAUUUAACCAGUUUAAUAUGGAGAGGCACUGAAAUGUAGACCUUCGUUUAUGUGUUUUUGACCUACACUGUACAAGACGCGAGAACAGUCCGCUAUUUAGGUUUGUACAUUAGCAUGGACUCACUAACUUUAACGUUACCUAGUUUUAGCCAGAGAUACCUUGCUAAAGCACAAGAUAACAUUAAUGUUCUGCUUGAGCAGAUGAAAAUUGUAACUUAAUGAGUGUAUGUCAACCAGAAAAUGAACGUUUUUGUCUUCAUUUGUAUUGGGGUUGAAUACUUAGGGACAUUUUGCUCUGUUUUGUUUGGAUUCAGGAAAUGUAAUAAAAUAAAUUAUAUUGCCCAUCCUCUCAGGAUACCUGGAAUCAGUGUUACAAGUACCCCAAGCACAUCGUUUUUUCAAUUUUUGAAGCAUAAACCCCAUAAAACCGAUGCGAGCUUCGGAUCUUCCAAUGUUUAUGGCGCUGAAACCUAAAGAUGUCCGAGUUCUGCUCCCCGUGCUGCUGAUACUCGACUGCCAUUGGCUAGUCUGCUUUCGAGGGGAGGGGCUUACCGAUAGGUCAAUUCAUUUAACUCAUGAUGCAAUACGAUUCACAAUACUGUUUUCACAACAUGAUUUUCUCACAAAAUGAGAAUUUACACAAAUUGAAAAAGUGGAAAGGUGUCCUUUUUAUUAUUUCUCAAACAAAAUGCUGGCCAUUUCUUUGUGAACCUGAAAUAUGUCUAAUAACAAAACUAAAUUGAAUCAAAUCAAAUCGAAUAAAUAGUACAAUUUAAAAAAAUCUCUUCAUAUAGGCUAAACAAAACAGCAGAAGGGCUGAAUGAAAAUGCACGUUCACUCUCUGACAGCAGGUGGCGCUUGUGGAACAGCAACAAAUAUUAUAUUAACAUGCAUUAUACAUAGGCAAGAUGAAAAGUAAAUACUAUUUAAACUCUUCUGAUAGCAGUCAGAUACGCAUUCAUAUAAACUCCCAGUUGUAUCAAGAUUUGUUUAACACCUCGACCAACCGACAAGAAUCGUAAUGUAUAUUUACUGAUUUGAGGUGCAUCGUUAAAUCCCUAGUUAUAUAUGUGUUUAUUCCAUUGAAUCGGUUUCGUGCACGUUUUCAUUUGAUGCCAUUAAGUAUUACGUAUGAAUCAGCAUUACAUUACACUGACCGUUAUCCUCAACGUCUCAAAGAAUGUUAGAAUUGCAAUUUUUAAUCUUUUUAAAGGCAUGAGAGAUCCGUCUAAAUGACUUUUUGUGAUGCCUGGCAUUAGCCUAGGUGCAUUCAAAUGAAUUAUUUAUGCAGUGUGGAUGCAGCAUCACUUAAAAGCAGCUCUUUUCUGUUACCAAUAACAUUGUAGAAAUGCAUUAUUCUCCAUGAGCCGCAAGAUUAAUUUAUUCCAUGAGUGAAAGUGUGUUCAAUAAAAGUGGGGCUAUAGUGAGUGUGUAGUAUUCAGCUGAUCAUGUGACAUCGAGAUGUCGGCCCUCAUGAGGCGCCCGCUCGUGCACAAUAACACACAUCCCUAGCAAUUUUAUCACAUGCAAGUGAUUUUAAAUACUAAGUAGGUCUUUAACUUUUAUUGAAAACGUUGGAUGACUUGACUAAAUAAAAAGUGACCAGAUUUAUCGUGUUGACCAGAUUUUUCACUGUAGUUUUUACCUGGACUUAGCUGAUCGAUGAAAGCCCACAAGCAAAAUAAUUGUUUCGAUUGAGUACACAGGCUAGAUUCAAGGUUUUGUGCGCUUGCAAGGGUAACAUUAGGUUCAGACAGUUACUGCUUCCUCAGAUCAGCGUCUCGUCGUCAUGUCCUCUGUCUAACAAUACAGGUUUUUCCAUUCGUCCAGUGUGCCUUAGUUUCCUUGUUGCUAUUUUUACGCUCUUGCUGCAUCAGUGUCUGUUACAGCUGUGUGUUUGUGUUUAACUGAUGAAUGACGCAGUCGCACUGGAGAAGAUCAGCCAUCACAAGUUUCACUUCAGAUAGUCGUGUCCACGUUGUCUGUGUGUGUUUCUGUCUUUGUGUGUCUUGUUCUGUCUCAAGAUCUUUAUCUCUCUUUCCCAUUCGCUUGUUUUUCCUGUGCGUCCACUUCCUGUUUGUGUCAUGUGACUGCAGGGCAACCAUUAAGAAACAAACACACCUGCCCAGUCCUUUUGCUGCUUGGUUGAGCAGUUUGACUUUAGGAGAUUCGGAGCGCAGGUCUUCUCCUGGACAGCAGAGGGAGACUCUGUCUGAUCUCUCCUCAGACAACACGGGAACGGGUUUAGUCCAAAGAUGUGUGGUUGUGCAAAGGGACAAUCUGGGGUUUGGCUUCACCGUCUGUGGCGAGAGAAUCAAACUAGUGCAGAAUGUUCGGCCAGGUGGAGCGGCGGUCAAGGCUGGAGUUCAGGAAGGAGACCGGAUCAUUAAGGUCAAUGGUUCACUGGUUUCGUCCAUGUCUCAUCAGGAAGUGGUAAAGAUGAUCAAAUCUGGGACGUAUGUGGCGUUGACUCUUCAGGGCCCGCCUCCUUCAGUCGGGUCCGUCCCGCUUCAGCCUCUCCCCACUGACCUCUUGCCCAAUCACAGGACAGCACCGGGUGAAGCCCCGCCCCCUCCACCAACACCACCCACAGGAAGCAGCACCCCGACUCAGAGAAUCACUGGACCCAAACCAUUACAGGACCCCGAAGUGCAGAAACACGCCACAGAAAUCCUCAGAAAGAUGCUGGAGCAGGAGGAGGCAGAGCUACAGAACCUUCUGGAGGAACAGUCUCGAAACCCCUCCCCUUCAUUAGAGGAGCGAAUAGAAAGUGCCAAACGAAGAGCCAAUCAAGUGCGAGUGAAGAUCCAGCAGGAUGUGGAUGGCACUCGAUCAGAAGCUGUCGCUAACUAUCUCACGGCUGGAGAAGGGCGGUUAUUGAUGGAGUCCAGUGAAGGAGACGUCGAGGUGUGUGAGAGUCCCUUCUCCUCCCCCUCCACCUUCCUCAGGACCCCUCUGCUCUGCCGGCAGGGAUCCGACACACACACCUCAGACUCGGGAGGAAAGACACAGAUCAUUGGGCCAGAGGAAGAAGAGGAGGAUGAUGAUGGGUAUUCGAUCAAUGAGAUGGACGGGCCGUUUCAGGACAUAGAGCUGCUGAAGAGUCGUCCGGCUCACAUGACGGUGUUCAUGAGAUACGUCUUCAGCCAGCUACUGGAUCCAAACCCGCUGCUGUUUUAUCUGUCUGUGGAGGCGUAUCUGGGCUCGAGCCCCAAAGACGCCCGUUCCCUCGCCCCUCAGAUCUGCUCACACUUCCUGGACCACGAUGCUCCUCUGAAGAUUAAGGUGCGAGAGGAGUUUCUGACAGAUAUAGAGAAUCGUCUGCAUGCGCAGGAGGACAUUCGAGGGCCGCUGUCUGAACUCCAGCAGCAGGUGCUUCCAGAUAUUCAAGACCAGCUUCAAGACUACAGGAACAAGCAGAUGAUGGGUCUGGGCUCUCUGUUUGGAGAGAGCGACCUGCAGCAGUUAGACGGAGAUCCUGUGAAAGAGCGGCAGGUGGUGGACAAACAGGUGCUGGCGCUCUGGGAGAUCCUUUCAAAGCAUGAGGAGGACAGAAGUUCUCCGCUAGCGUCUGCGGUUCAUCUGUAUCUCAGACACUCGGGCAUUAAACUCAGAGACUCCAAAGUGUUUCCCGGCUUGAUGUCUGAGAAGGAAAAGUGGCUUCCCUUCUUUCCUAAAGCUAAGAAGCUGAGCAGCGCGAAACGAGAGAGGGAUGGAGACGACAAGAAACGAAAUCCCAUCCUGAAGUACAUCGGCAAACCCAGAAGCACAACCCAGUCCACGUUCCAUGUUCCUUUGUCCCCCACUGAAGUUCGUCCGGGCAGCGUGAGGAACAUCAUCCAGCAGUUUGAGAAUAGUUCAGACUCUGUUGAAGACGGUGAUAUUGAGGGACCGAGAUUGUCUUCCAGCAGCUUUGGAGAGGACACCAUGGACAGUCCGACUAUCUCGGUGCGUUUGGCUCGCAGCGAGUCUUUGAAAGCUCAGGGGGAGGGGCGUCGGCGAGGAGGCGGGGCGGGGGCGGAGUCUGUCCCUCGUUCCCGUAGCGACGUGGACAUGGAGGACUGUGAGGAGAGGGAGGGGCCAGGACUGAGACAGUUACAUCACAGCGCCUCGUCCUCGGCCUCCAGCAGCUCAGCACGAUCUCUGGAGAACCCGACGCCGCCGUACACGCCUCGCUCUCAGCGCAGGCUGCUGGACGCUCCGCUGGCUCUGUUACCCGACGCUCCGGCUCUGGACGAGGACGUGAUCGAUUCGCACAACUGGCAGGAGACGGUGGAGCCGCAUGUGCUGACGUCACUCUCCUCACGAGAGAUCGACCGGCAGGCCGUCAUCUACGAGCUGUUCACCACGGAGGUGUCUCACCUGCGGACGCUGCGGGUUCUGGAUCAGGUGUUUUAUCAGAAGAUGCAGAGCGUCCUGAGUCCAGAAGAGCUGUCCUGUAUCUUCCUGAACCUGCGUCAGGUCUACGAACUACACGCGAGCUUAUGUGAGGCCAUGAAGAAUCGCAGGGAAUCGCCGAUCGUUCAGGGCAUCGGAGACAUCAUGCUGGCCAAACUGGAGGGAGAGGCUGGAGAUCAGUUUGAGGAGCAGGUGUCUCAUCUGUGCAGUCAGCAGAGUCCAGCGCUGGAGCUCAUCAAGAACAAACAGCGCAAAGACCCUCGCUUCGCACACCUCAUACAGGAGUGUGAGGCCAGUCCUCACUGCCGCAGGUUACAGCUGAAGGAUCUGCUGGUGGCUGAGAUGCAGCGCUUGACUAAAUACCCUCUGCUGCUGGACAACAUCAUCAAAUACACAGAGACGGCGUCUCCGGACCUGCAGCUGCUUCAGAGAGCACAGGCCCGUUGCCGUGGGAUACUGCAGGCUGUUAACGAGGUCGUCAGGGAGACGGAGCACCGGCAUCGGCUCAGCCAAUACCAGCGCAGGCUGGACCUGACGCCUCUGGAGCGGCUGGCCAAUCCCGUCGCAGCGCAGUUCAAGAACCUGGAUCUCACCACGAAGAGGAUGAUCCAUGAGGGGCCGCUCACCUGGAAAGUCAGCAAAGACAAAGCCAUCGAGGUGCAGGCGCUGCUGCUCUCAGAUCUGCUGGUGCUUCUUCAGAGGGGUCCAGACGAGCGGCUCAUCCUGCGCUGUCCGUCACGCUCGCUGGGCGGACCUCCGGACCACAAGACCCCCUUCUGCCCAAUCCUGCGCCUCGACUCCGCCCUUGUGCGGCCCGUCGCGACAGACAAUAAAGCGCUGUACGUGAUCAGCACUUCAGAGAGUCAGAUCUAUGAGCUGGUGGCUGGGACAUCCUCAGAGAAGAACACUUGGAAAGACCUGCUGGAAAAGACAAUCGCUGCCGUCACUCAAGGAGCAGGGUCGAGCAAACAAGGAUCACCAGCACCGUCGUCUGAUGCGCGUUCGUCUGCCAAUGCAAUAGAUGUGUCGGAGUCGUGCGUGUCUCUGGAGCAGGACUCUGCUAGUGAAGAUGAAUGCGCUCUCACGCCCGACACCACACCGACCGACGGAUCGGACGCGCACCGGCGCCAGAACAGAGACAGCUUCCUCCAGAAUAAAGCCGCUGUCGCAGAAGCUGCUCUUCAGGACGUGGAAACCCUCCGUCAGCUGAUCUUCAGAGACCUGGAGGACGGGUGGAGUCAAGAUUCAGAUGACACGCCCACAAACGAGACGGCCAAUGAAAGGAGUCCCUUCACAGACAGACCGGGGGUGGAGUUACCUGAUCCCGCCCCCAGCGAGCGUCCUGGCCAGUGGGGGGAGGAGCCUGUAGAAGCUCCGCCCCUGGAGGUGCUGCAUUCACCUGUUCAGGUGGUGAGGAAAGUUGUGGGUGCGGGCUGUUCUCUUCCCGAUGACAUCACUGAUGAUGUCACCGCCGGCCAGUCCUCUCGGGACGGAGGAAACAUGUUUUAUCUGGUCAUGCCCAAAGAUCAGUCGAGCGCUCUCACAGACGAGAGCAGCACAGACGAGCUCAAAGACUCAGACGCGUCUGACAGCAUCCAUCAGACUCAAAACAUGUUCUCAUCGUCCUUCAUCAACGAGGAAGAGGAACAGGAGACGCCCUGUCUCUCUCCAACUGACCAAUCGCUGACUGAGACCCUGAGUCAUAGGGAAAGACUCGGCCAAUCACAACCGAGCAUCCAGCGACAUGUGAUCAAAAAUGUGGACGAGAUCUUCAACACCAUGGAGGAGCUGAUGAGAAAACUACAGCACCUGAGGGACAUUGAAGCCGAUCACUACAGACUCCUAAAGAAAUUAAGAAAACCUCUUCCUGUGGAUAAAAUGUUAAGCGAUCUCGUCUACAAGUCUCCCACAUCGGUCCGAAUGCCAUCACUGGACCGCGGAGCAGGAGAUGGUAAAGAGGGCGUCUCAUCAGAACCAGCUCAGCCAGAAAUCCAGUCCACUGGUUUCUGACGGUUAUCACUGGACCUACUGGAGGACUUUUAUCUCGCACACACAGAAUCACGCAAACACACGCUCUGCACUCUAUGAUGUAGCCCCUUCCCAGCAUGCCUUGCGCCUGGAAGCGCCAUCCAGGCUAAAUUAUGUGUUGUGUGUGUCAAUCAGAAAUUCGUGACUUGGGACAGACGACCCUUCGGCCAGCGCUGAGAAAGAAAGGACGAAAAAGAAAGUACUAGUGCAUUCGAGAGAGAAAACGAAAUGUUGUUGACGAAGAACGUAAUUGCGAAGCAAUGCGCGAAGAACAAGAAAUGAAAAACGCAAGUGGAACGUGAACUAGCGCAGCUGAAGACAUGACUCUGUCCCGCGAAGGAAACCCGGCACUUUACCUGCUGUUCGUCUGUUUCUCCUCCAUUCAGCUCGUCAGGAAACUCGCGAAUACAAACGGGCGAUGUUUCGGUCGCGCAUAUUGUGAGCCGCGUCCGUUUACGGGUGGACGGCGUUGACAAAUUCAGGUUCUUUUGCACUGGGACCCCUGUGAAAAUAAACACGGGGGGCGAAUAAGGAUGUCUCACGAAUAUCGUUGUUCGUUCGUUAAUAUCGUAGCUUGUAUUUCAUUGCGUAACACUAUGCGGAAAAAAAAGGAAGGAAAGCGAAAAAAGCUGAAGGUUUUAUUUGUGGUCAAUUAUCGAAUGAACAUUUUUUUUCGGUUUCUACACACUAUCGCACAGUUCGUAACUGGACUCCUGUUUAUAUAUCGUACAGAAACAAAAAAGGGGCGUGUCUAUGAAUUCUGACAUCAUGUCAUGUGACCUGCAAGCUGACACAAUUGUAUUACGUGUAAAUACUGUGAACUUUUGUCGCACACCGUUUGCGGUUGUUCAUUCGUAGCUCAAUGGGUGCUUGAAACAGAAAUGAAGGGAUCGGAAACUCUAAUAAUAAAAAAAACAACGUAAUUAUUACGUUUGAAAUGCAAGCGUCUUUAUAAGUGUUUAACUCGUACACCUAACCUGCCAAAGGAGGAUUGUUACCUCACCUCCUUUUAAGUUUUUGUUUCUUAUUCUUAUUUUGUAUUUGCGAGUUUGUGUGACUGCAGAGUGUUUUUAUCGCGAAU